AUGCGUUACGAGAACUGGGAUGUCCUUCUCUUCCCAGAUGGCACCAGAGUGCCCAUCCAGGAGUUCAAAACACAAUGCUUCGUUACCAGAGAUACCGAAUCCCCAUAUCUCCAGAACCCGACUAUCCUCGGCCCAACCGCCUACCUUCGCGUCCAGGGCAACCAUGGCCAUAUUCCCAUCUUGACCUCUUUCAUCCCGACGAUGCCACGCGAUAGUCGAUUUCGCGUUUCGAUUCACAGCUGGGAGCACCCCCGCCCCAGCAGGUUGAUUGAGAGCUUGAUGCAGCCGGAUGAUGUCUUGUUGUACGAGGCGCGUGUUUUUGUUGAUGGAAACUGUGUUGCGGCAGGUGUCUUUGGACAGAGAGCGGCGUGGCCCUAUGUUAUCGAUAUCGAUCGUGAGGGGAAUCAAGACUCCCUGCGAUUCCCUCCAUUCCAUGGCGAGAUCCUGGAGCAGCGGCACUGGAACGCUUCUGAUGAAUUGGGCCGGAUCAAGAUUGUUCUUGCAGAGGGCUUCUCUCGUCCCAAUCGCUCGCCCCCGUUUGAGAGAGUCAAAGAUGUUAUGUUCUUCUCUUUCCAGCAUGCCCCUCAGCACAUUUUGGAGUUUUCCCAAAUCGCAUGGCCGAAUCCUCAGAUGUGGCCUCAAACUGCGUCUCGAACUGUGUACAAGGUCGACCAGAGUGCCGAUCCGAGGGAGCAGGAGGAUACUCAUGCCCAUUCACCUAGAAAACCUGAAACGCGCGUGCCCAUGACCUCCAUGGCGUCAAUGGUGGCGAACAAUCCAUCCAGCAGCAGUCAAGCACCUAUUGCAUACAACAACGCUUGGGCUUCGGGUCGUGCCUUUCCACUUUCGACAUCCCAGUUGUACCCAUUCUCCUCGGCACAAACUCCCUCCCGAAAUCCUCGUUGGCCUGGGUUCCCAGAUCGUCAACACGCGUCAUUCAUCCAGCCCGUCAGGGACCCAUUCGUUGAUGAUGUGGCCUGGCGGCACCGCGGUGCCCGGUCGUCCCGUGAGGAUGUCCCAAUGCCAGACUACAGCACCUCUUCCGGUAGCCGGGCAAUCUCCAGCAUGACUGGUAUGAGCUUCGAGCAUAGCAAGCACUCGAGCAUGUCCGCUCCCAUGGAUGAGGAGCGCUACAAUCUACUGAUCGAUGCUAUGACCCCCACGAAGCUUCCCAUGGGCACUCGCGCCCCUUCAAACACACCUUCGACUAUGGCCGUCCUUCCGGUCAAAGCAGCGGCCACUCCCACAACUCAAGUUCGCAAAGCAAGUGGCAACAACCAAGGUUCCAUGCGGACUUCACGUCUUCAUGAACGUUCGCAGCCUAGUAGCCGUGACGUUUCUGGUUCUAUCAGCAUUCAAGAGAAGAGUACUGUUAGUCCCAAUGUAAACGUGAAGAGUCGGAAGGAGGGCGAGAAGGAGAAGAAGGAGAACGAGACUGAUCUGUAG